AUGAACAAUAAUAAAAGUAAAAUAAGCUUCAACUUGGAUGACCGUGAUGCACUUGUCUCGAAUAGAAAGGAAUAUGCUGAAGUUAAUGAUAGCAGUCAGCUUUCUCAAUCGGAAUCAAUUGAAUGUCCUUGGUUCAAACUAUGUCUGGAGUAUGUUCGAAGUCUAGAUUGGCAAAAAUGCUUUUUUACACGCAAACACGAUCGGUGUUACUGCAACCACUGCUAUUCACCAUCGUUACCUAGUGUGAUUUUAGCGGCUGGGCACAGAUAUGUUGUACCACGAGGAUAUGCAGGCUUUGGUCUUACUGUCGAUCCAGCACUUGCUAACUAUCAUAAACUGUGGAGCGAAUGGCUCGUUACAUACCAUGGUACAAGCCAAUAUGCAGCGGAGUCCAUACUUGCAAACCGCCAAUUUCUUAUACCUGGUGAUAGACUAUUGAAUGGAACCCUUCUCGGCAUACGACCAGGUCAUAUUCCUGGCAAAAAACAUAUUUACACAUCACCAUCAAUACGCUACUCAAGCCUUGAAGUUUACAGUGUUCUUAAUAACUUUACUUCUUCAUCUGGAAAAAGGUAUACGGCCCAACUAGUGUUUCAAUGUCGUCAAAAGCCGGAUACAUUUAAGGUACAGCGUGAAACCGUGGCGAAAGGGAAUCAGCCUAUUUGUGAUUUUAUCAGCAACGAAGAAAUUGAAUAUUUCACUGAGAUUCGUGCAUCACUGGUUCCGUAUCGAUUGCUUGUUCUGUUAAAAGAAGUUUCUUAGACUUGUAACUCAGAGGAUCGUCUUUUUAAGACUCUCUUUGUGUUCUCUUUAAUAUUUCAACUUGUAUUCAAGUAUGUAUACUUUUUCCAGAAAGCAAAGCAUUUUAAACAGUAACCUAAAAUAUACUUCAUGGUGUGAGGGUGUAGGUGUGGGUGUAGGUGUGGGUGUGGGUGGGGGGGGGGUGGGGGGGGGUGUGGGUGUGGGGGUGGGGGUGGUGGGGGG